GGGUGACCUGUCCUGCCCAGGAGGAUACCAAGCCAGUGAAGACCCAAUAGAGAUGGCAUAUGUUUUUCUGGCCAAGAAUUGCUGGAGGUUUGAGGAGGACCUCUCUCAGGACCAACAACAACUCCUGGAUGGAAUCACAGAACUGGAUAUUAAUACUGGUGGACUGCCUUCUCAGCUUCUGGUUCAUGGAGCCUUGGCCUUCCCUCUCGGGCUAGACGCUUCGUUUGGUUGCUUCCUGGCAGCUGCUCACUAUGGCCGAGGUCGCGUGGUGCUUGCUGCUCAUGAGGGCAUGCUCUGUGCCCCCAAGCUGGGUCCUUUUCUGUGCAAUGCUAUUACCUGGCUGGCAGGGGGACAAACAGGCAGAAUUGGGGUUAACCCUAAUUUUAAAAAACUAUAUUCCCUGGUAUCUGAAAUGCAGAUAAAAAGAGGCCUGAAAUGCAGCGUAGAAUCCCAUCUGACCACUGGUUUAAAUGUUUACUGCUGUUCAGCCUACAGUGACCAAGAGGCAAGGAAGCUGCAUGAGUUUGUGGCAGAGGGUGGAGGGUUACUGAUUGGGGGUCAAGCCUGGUGGUGGGCCUCUCAGAAUCCUGGCAAGACUGCUGUGGCUGAUUAUCCUGGAAACCAUAUCCUCAACCCCUUUGGCCUUAGCAUCCUAGGGAGUAGUCUAAAAAGUGGUCGAUUUCCUGUCCUUGUGCCUGGUAAAGGGAACUAUCACUUCCGCUCAGCAUUGUCUCAGUUCCAGGAUGAAGUAAAAGGAAGCAAGGUCUUGGCAGAAGGCUGGCAGUCGAAGCUAAGGAAGGACUGUGCAGCCUUCCUGAAGAUUCCUGCAGAAGGAAUCCCUGCCUAUGCCUCUCUACAUAGAUUCCUGAGGAAGGUGCUCAAACAAACUGGCCUCCCCCAUGUCAGCCAGGAUCAUCCUGUGCACAGCAAUUCCUGUGAGGCCACCCUGCUCUGUAUGGCCACUGAGCUUGCUCAAAGUGGGACUGAUUGCUUUUCAGUGGUCCGCAGAGCUAGUAAAGGGACUUGCCCAUCCCAACUGUACUCCCCAGGACCUCCUGUCACCAUGGAGAUCAAUGGUACCAGUCCAGAUACUACUGUAUGGGUGAGCACCGGACUCUAUCUCCCUGGAGGCUUUACUGCAAACAUCAUGAUGCCUUGUGCUGCCACUACUGGCCUACAGGUACAAAUUGGCUGCCACUCUGAUGAUCUCAGUGAGGCCAAGAAGCUUUGCCGAGCACCUGUGGUGAUUCACCGAUGCUGCCUGGACAGACCAGAGCUGUCAGUCUCCUCCCUCUGGGGGGGCCUCAUCUAUAUACUUGUGCCUCAGGGCAGUAACCUGGGUCCUGUGUCAAUCACCAUCACUGGAGUUGUGCCUGCUCCUUACUUCAAGCUGGGGGAGACAUCUCUGGAGGAGUGGAAAAGCUCCAUUCGCCACUACCCAGUGCCCUGGGGGGAGCUGGCGACAGACAACAUCAUCCUCACGGUGCCAUCUGAACAUCUUCAAGACCUGGAAGACCCAGAGCCAUUGCUUCAUCUCUGGGAUGAGAUGAUGGGAGCCGUGGCCAGGCUUGCAUCAAUAAGCUUCCCUUUCCCUCGGCCUGAGAGGAUCGUGGCUGAUGUACAGAUCUCAGCUGGCUGGAUGCAUUCAGGAUACCCCGUCAUGUGCCACAAGAAGUCAGCGGAGGAAUUAGUCAAUGAGAAGAAAAUAAAGUUUAAUGGCAUCUGGGGCCCCAUCCAUGAGCUAGGCCACAACCAGCAACGACACGUCUGGGAGUUCCCCCCACAUACAACUGAGGCUACCUGCAACUUGUGGUCUGUCUACAUACAUGAGACGGUGCUAGGCAUUCACCGGAGCCAGGCCCACCCCGCACUGACUCCCUCAGAUAGGGAGACCAGGGUACAAGAAUACCUGAGAAAAGGGGCUCCUCUGAAAGAAUGGAGUGUUUGGACAGCACUGGAGACUUAUCUGCAGCUACAGGAGGCCUUUGGCUGGGAGCCUUUCAUCCAGCUCUUCACUGAGUACCAGACAUUAUCUGGGGUGCCCAAUGACAAUGCUGGCAAGAUGAACCUGUGGGUGAAAAAGUUCUCUCACCAAGUGCAGAGGAAUCUGACUCCUUUCUUCCAGACCUGGGGCUGGCCUGUCAAGGAGGAGGUUGCUGCUUGCCUGGCCUGCCUGCCUGAGUGGCAAGAAAACCCCAUGAAUGUCUACCUUCUCAUGAACAAUUAAAGGAUGCCCGGUAGGCCCAGUGUACUCCAUCUCCAAAAGUCAGUCUAUGGAUUGUGUGGGAAAUACUCUGGGUGCAGUGAGUCAGUCCCAUGCAUUCAUGUUCAAGAUACUAUGGUGGUGUGAGGGAGUAAAGUCAUCAGGAGAGUACAACCUAUCUGAAGGGGAAAACAAGAAAAACCACUUGGAAAGUUAUACAGCAACACAAGUUAAAUAACAAUAAAAAUAUUUCUUCCCCCUCUGCCUCCAAAGAGGCCUCGGAACCUAUCACAAA